GAGUACACAAUGAAACCUGGGCUUAGAAAAUAUGCCUGUGAUCUCACACUGGACCCAAACACAGUAUUCAGAUACAGCUUUCUGUCUGAUGGUAACAAAACGGUGACACAUAUGGGAAAGUACCAUCCGUAUCCUGAUCACCCAGAGAGAUUUGAGCACUGUGGGGAGGUGCUGUGUAGAGAGAGUCUGACUGGGCGCUGUUACUGGGAGGCAGAGUGGAGUGGGGGAGAGGCUGAUAUAGGAGUGACAUAUAAAGGAAUCAGCAGGAGAGAAGGGGGUGAUGACUGUUGGCUUGGAUGGAAUGACAAAUCCUGGAGUCUGCGCUGCUCUGACAACCGCUACAGAGCCUGGCACAAUAAGAUUCCCACUACCAUAGACGUCCGCCCCUCCAGCUCCCACAGAGUAGGAGUGUUUCUGGACUGGCCAGCCGGCACUCUGUCCUUCUAUAGAGCCUCCUCUGACACACUGACCCACCUGAUCACAUUCACCUCCACAUUCACUGAGCCCCUCUAUCCAGGGUUUCAUCUUUGGGGUUCUGGCGUCUCAGUGUCCCUGUGUCAGGUGGUUCCUGUGUCAAACACAACAUGAUGUUUCACUCUAAUCAGGGUCAUGUUCAGUGAGACACACUGGAGCAACAAUGUAGAAUAUCUCUCUAGUUAUGAGUUAAAAUGUGAUUAUUAUGUGAUUAUUAUAUCUAAAUAUUCACGGUUAUACACCACCUAAGUUAAUAGUCAUUAAUAUAAUGAAUC